AAAAAGCUUCUACAUUUCUAACCAGAACCAUGUGGAGCAUAAGAAGAAAAUCAAACCCAGCGUUACUCUCUCUUCUCAUCUCAACUGGCUCGCUGCAUCUCAAUUCAUGGAGUUCUAAUACAACCCAAUUGGUGAACUCCAUCAGUUCUUCCAAAUUGAUGCUUUCCACUCCUAUCCCUUCCGUGAAUCCUCUUAACCCACAUUUCAUUGGUCAGAGCUCUUUUUUUUCCAGCUCUUCUGUGUUUCAAACCCCAACAACAAGCCCUAUGGUUGAACCAGUUAUUGAUUAUGAAACAGGGGAAGAAGAUGAUGGUGAAGAUGACAUCCAACCUGGACAAGUGGAUAUCAAAGAUGGGAACUUGAAGCGAAAUGUUGAGACAAUCAUGGGUAUUCUGCAGAAUUUCAGAAGCAGUGGCCCUGAUGCCAAGCACAAGCUCGAUCAAUGUGGGGUAGUUGCCUCAUCUGAACUGGUCAUGGAGGUUCUCUCUAGGAUUCGGAACGAUUGGGAGGCAGCCUUCACCUUUUUCUUAUGGACUGGGAAGCAGAGCCCUGAUUAUGUCCACUCUGUACAGGAAUACCACGCCAUGAUCUCAAUUCUGGGGAAGAUGAGGAGAUUUGAUACUGCUUGGGCCCUCAUUGAUGAGAUGAGGGGAGGCAGGAAUGGACCUUCACUGGUUACUCCGAACACUCUCUUGAUCAUGAUCAGGAGAUACUGUGCUGUUCAUGAUGUGGGUAAGGCAAUCAACACAUUCUAUGCUCUGAAAAGGUUUAAGUUCAAUAUUGGGAUUAAAGAAUUCCAAGACCUUCUCUGUGCUUUAUGUCGGUAUAAGAAUGUAGAAGAUGCUGAACACUUUCUUUUCUGCAAUGAGAAGGUGUUCCCAUUUGAUACUAAAAGUUUCAAUAUCAUACUUAAUGGGUGGUGUAACAUUGUUGUUAAUCUGCGCGAGGCAAAGAGGUUCUGGAAAGAGAUGGAUAGAAGAGGGAUUUCCCGUGAUGCCAUCUCGUAUUCUAGUAUGAUAUCUUGCUACUCAAAAGCCAGUAAUCUUGUUGAUGUUCUGAAAUUGUUUAACCAGAUGAAGGAAUUGGGAAUUGCUCCAGACAGGAAGGUUUACAAUGCAGUCAUUUAUGCUCUUGCAAAAGGGAAGCUUGUAAAAGAGGCCCAUAAUCUUAUGAAGACAAUGGAAGAGAAGGGUUUCAUCCCAAAUGUCGUUACUUACAACUCACUAAUCAAGCCUCUCUGCAAGGCCCGCCGAACUGUUGAAGCCAAAGUGAUCUUUGAUGAGAUGCUGCAGAAGGCUCUAUCACCUUCAAUUAGGACCUAUCAUGCAUUUUUUGGUAUUCUUAGGACUGGAGAAGAGGUGUUUGAGCUAUUGGACAAGAUGAAAAAAUUGGGUUGUAACCCAACUAAUGACACAUACAUCAUGUUGAUUAGAAAAUUUUGUCGGUGGCGUCAGUUUGAAAAUGUCUUCAAGCUGUGGCAGGAUAUGUCUGAGAAUGGAGUGAACCCUGACCGGAGUUCAUAUAUUGUUCUAAUACAUGGGCUUUUUCUCAAUGGGAAGUUGGAAGAAGCCUUCACCUAUUAUGAAGAGAUGAAAGAUAAAGGGUUUUUACCGGAACCAAAGACUGAUGAGAUGCUUCAGUCUUGGUUGUCUGGUAAGCAAACUGCAGGUCGACCAAUGCCAGAUUUGAAGGGGAAUCUGGUGGAUUAUGGUCCCUCAAGCAAGAACACCAGAGGCACCUCUGCCAUUGGUCAUGAAAGAGAUUUUCGCAAACAGCCUGAAACUAGAAGGGUUGUGCACGAGAGGGGAUUCUCAUUUUGGGAGUAGUAGGAUCUCACAUAUAAUACACAGUUCAGCAGUAUCUGAUCCAUAUUGCAACAAGAGCCAUCCAACUGGAUAAUUAUCUUCUGCACCAACUUUCCCAAGGACUCCACACAGGUGCACAACAUUUACUGCACCAUAUCUGUGAUUCUCAGAUGCUUUCUUCAGAACUUUAUAACUGCAUGGUUACUUGUUUGGGUAGGCAACUAGGCACUGAUUAUAUGUAUAUCUUUGUCCUUGCAUUCACGUUUAUCAGAUUUUGACCUUCUUGUCUAAAAAUUAUAAGAAAAAUAGAUUCAUGGAAUGCUCACUCUGUCAUGAUCGAUGAAUUAAAAUAACAGGGGAUAAUGCCAUGAUGAUGAGCUAUCAGAUGAUUCCAAAUGGUCUCUGUACUUAAAGUAAAUCAGAUGAAGAAAUGGAUUUAAUAUGACUGGACGACCAUUAUUUUGCAAGUAUUUUAGUGCU